AUGUACGUCAAACUGGUAUCUUCAGAUGGUCAUGAAUUUAUUGUAAAAAGAGAACAUCUCAAAACCAAAACCAAAACCAAAACCAUGUUGAGUGACCCAGAUCAGUUUGCUGAGAAUGAAAAAAUUGAGGGCAAUUUUAGAGAGGUCUGUUCAUGUGUGCUAUCAAAAGUAUGUAUGUAUUCAUGCAUAUAUUUUACCUACAAGAUUCACUACACUAAUGGUUCCACUGAAAUUUCUGAAUUCCCAAUUGCACUUCAUAUUGCACUGGAACUGCUGAUGCAGACUUCCCAGAUUGUUAUUAAAUUAAAAUAA